GAGGCUCCCGCUAGGGGAACCCGGCGACGGCAGGAGCUGGGCGGCCGCCUCCCACUCCGGCCGUCCGGCGGUGGCUGCCUCCGCCCGCGUGUCGGUCCCGGGUGCCGGGGGAUGUGUGUCAGUUUACGCCUCUGAGAUCGCACAGCUGCCUGGGGACCGUGGGAUGCCCAAGCCAAGUCUGGGCUUUUCUUUUUAUCGUCAUUAUUAUUAUAUAUAUAUCUAUUUUUACGCUUGGCUUUCGGGAAAUCUUCGUGAUGUUGUAGGAUAAAGGAAAUGAUACUUUGAGGAACUGGAGAGGACAUAGAUGCGUUUUGUUUUUAAGAGAGGAAACCCGUCCCCUCUUGCUAGCUUGCUCCCGCUUUGCUGAUUUCAAGAGCCACCCUCCUCUUAGUGAGGUGAGAAUCCAGCAGGAAUAAGGUGAAGACGGGCCGCCGCGACCCAGGAGGGAAACACUGACCAUUAGAGACCUUUGCAGAAGACACUGUAAGGAAGAAAGCAAAAGAGAGGAAAACAAAAAGACUUAAAAUUAUACAAGAAAUCUACAAAUCCAGCUCUGGAGAAAGCCUCCUUCUCCAAAAUGGAUAUGUUUCCUCUCACCUGGGUUUUCUUAGCUCUCUACUUUUCAGGACACGAAGUGAGAGGCCAACCAGACUCACCCUGUGGAGGUCGUUUGAAUUCCAAAGAUGCUGGCUACAUCACCUCCCCCGGUUACCCCCAGGAUUACCCAUCCCACCAGAACUGCGAGUGGAUUGUUUACGCCCCUGAACCCAACCAGAAGAUUGUCCUCAACUUCAACCCUCACUUCGAGAUUGAGAAACACGACUGCAAGUAUGACUUCAUUGAGAUUCGGGAUGGAGACAGUGAAUCUGCAGACCUCCUGGGAAAGCACUGUGGGAACAUCGCCCCACCCACCAUCAUCUCCUCGGGCUCCGUGCUGUACAUCAAGUUCACCUCCGACUACGCCCGGCAGGGGGCAGGCUUCUCCCUGCGCUACGAGAUCUUCAAGACAGGCUCCGAAGACUGUUCCAAAAACUUCACAAGCCCCAACGGGACCAUCGAAUCCCCCGGGUUUCCCGAGAAGUACCCGCACAACCUGGACUGUACCUUUACCAUUCUGGCCAAACCCAAGAUGGAGAUCAUCCUGCAGUUCCUGACCUUUGACCUGGAGCACGACCCGCUGCAGGUGGGAGAAGGAGACUGCAAAUACGACUGGCUGGACAUCUGGGACGGCAUUCCACAUGUUGGCCCUCUGAUUGGCAAGUACUGUGGGACCAAAACACCCUCGGAACUCCGCUCGUCAACAGGGAUCCUCUCCCUGACUUUUCACACAGACAUGGCGGUGGCCAAGGAUGGCUUCUCUGCACGCUAUUACCUGAUCCACCAAGACCCACCAGAGAACUUCCAGUGCAACGUCCCUCUGGGAAUGGAAUCUGGCCGGAUUGCUAAUGAGCAGAUCAGUGCCUCCUCUACCUACUCUGACGAAAGGUGGACGCCUCAGCAAAGCCGGCUCCAUGGUGAUGACAAUGGCUGGACCCCCAACUUGGAUUCCAGCAAGGAGUACCUCCAGGUGGACCUGCGCUUUCUGACCAUGCUCACAGCCAUUGCAACGCAGGGCGCCAUUUCCAGGGAGACGCAGAAUGGCUACUAUGUCAAAUCCUACAAGCUGGAAGUCAGCACGAACGGGGAGGACUGGAUGGUCUACAGGCAUGGCAAAAACCACAAGGUAUUCCAAGCCAACAACGACGCAUCGGAGGUGGUUCUUAACAAGCUGCACACGCCCCUCCUGACCAGGUUCGUCAGGAUCCGGCCCCAGACCUGGCACUCAGGCAUCGCCCUGCGGCUAGAGCUCUUUGGCUGCCGGGUCACAGAUGCACCCUGCUCCAACAUGCUGGGGAUGCUGUCGGGCCUCAUCCCCGACUCCCAGAUCUCGGCCUCCUCCACCCGCGAGUACCUGUGGAGCCCCAGCGCCGCCCGCCUGGUCAGCAGCCGCUCGGGUUGGUUCCCCCGGAUCCCUCAGGCCCAGCCAGGCGAGGAGUGGCUCCAGGUGGACCUGGGAGUGCCCAAGACGGUGAAGGGCGUCAUCAUCCAGGGGGCCCGCGGGGGAGACAGCAUCACUGCCGUGGAAGCCAGGGCGUUUGUGCGCAAGUUCAAAGUCUCCUACAGCUUGAACGGCAGAGACUGGGAAUACAUCCAGGACCCCAGGACCCAGCAGCCGAAGCUGUUUGAAGGCAACAUGCACUAUGACACCCCUGACAUCCGAAGAUUCGACCCCGUUCCUGCGCAGUACGUGCGGGUGUACCCCGAGAGGUGGUCUCCGGCAGGGAUUGGAAUGCGGCUGGAGGUGCUGGGCUGUGACUGGACAGACUCGAAGCCCACAGUAGAGACCCUGGGACCCACUGUGAAGAGCGAGGAGACCACCACCCCAUACCCCAUCGAGGAGGAGGCCACAGAGUGUGGGGAGAACUGCAGCUUUGAGGAUGACAAAGAUCUGCAGCUCCCUUCGGGAUUCAACUGCAACUUUGAUUUCCCCGAGGAGCCCUGUGGUUGGAUGUACGACCAUGCCAAGUGGCUCAGAAGCACCUGGCCCGGCAGCUCCAGCCCAAAUGACCGGACGUUUCCAGAUGACAGGAAUUUCUUGCGGCUGCAGAGCGACGGCCGGAGAGAGGGCCAGUACGCACGGCUCAUCAGCCCUCCCGUGCACCUGCCCCGAAGCCCCGUGUGCAUGGAGUUCCAGUACCAAGCCACCGGCGGCCACGGGGUGGCGCUGCAGGUGGUGCGCGAGGCCAGCCAGGAGAGCAAGCUCCUCUGGGUCAUCCGCGAGGACCAGGGUGACGAGUGGAAACACGGGCGGAUCAUCUUGCCCAGCUAUGACAUGGAGUAUCAGAUUGUGUUUGAGGGAGUCAUAGGAAAAGGACGUUCAGGAGAAAUUGCCAUUGACGACAUUCGGAUAAGCACUGAUGUCCCACUGGAGAACUGUAUGGAACCCAUCUCAGCUUUUGCAGGUGAGAAUUUUAAAGUGGACAUUCCAGAAAUACACGGGAGAGAAGGCUAUGAAGAUGAAAUUGAUGAUGAGUACGAGGUGGACUGGAGCAACUCUUCUUCCCCGACCUCAGGGUCCGGCGCCUCUUCGGCCGACAAAGAAAAGAGCUGGCUUUACACGCUGGAUCCCAUCCUCAUCACCAUUAUCGCCAUGAGCUCCCUGGGCGUCCUCCUGGGGGCCACGUGUGCGGGGCUUCUGCUCUACUGCACCUGCUCCUACUCCGGGCUCAGCUCCCGCAGCUGCACCACCCUGGAGAACUACAACUUCGAGCUCUACGACGGCCUCAAGCACAAGGUCAAGAUGAACCACCAGAAGUGCUGCUCCGAAGCGUGACGGAUUGCACCCAAAUCACAUCUGACGUUUCAUUCCAGCAAGAGGGGCUAGCGGAGAUUACAUUUUUUUUGUCCUUUGGAAACUGAAUGCCAUAAUCUCGAUCAAACCGAUCCAGAAUACCGAAGGUGUGGACAGAAUGGAC